AUAUUACAUAUAAAUAUUGUCGUUUCAUCAGGAGUUCUAUAUUCAACAUGAAAUCUUCAAUUAUUUUGGUAGCUCUUUUGAGCUUGACAGCAGCUAAAUCUGUUGAAGAUGCGUUGUUAAAAAAUGGUUUGCAAAGCAAAUUUAAGGAUGAAAGAAAUUCUCUAGAGGGUGAUAAACUGACUGCAAUAAAUACUGAAAUAAAUGAAUUUGUUGAUAAGAUUUGCGAAAAUUUUCCUGCUUUUGCAGAAAAAUCUAAAUUGGAACCAAUACUACUGGAUAAUAUAAAACAGCAAUUCCUUACUGCAUCAAUCGAAUUAACGCAUGGAAAGCUGAACGGUUUAUCACAUGUUUACAGAGAUGGUGAUGUUACAGUAACUUACGAUCGUAAUGCCAAUAUUAUUACGUUGAACCUUCCACUACUUUUCAAAAAAUUAAGUUUUACGUAUGACUACCACGUCGUAGUUUUUCUAGUUGGACCGACAGGGGGAUUGACAGGAUCUAUCGAUAAUUUCAGACUAUCAAUAAAUCUGAGCUUAGAUCUUAAUAAGUAUCAGGCAAAAUUAAACAAAAUUAAAACUUCGAAUAGUGGACAUAUCACCGUAAAGUUCGACGGACACCUGUCAGAUGUCAUUCUAAAUAUCAUGUCACAAUUUGUCACCACAGCGCUCCAUCCAAUUCUUCAAGGUUUUAUUGAAGCCAUAGUAAAAAAUGCAUCCAAUAAAGUUGUAGAUGGUGUAAACAAAGUAAUAGAUGAAAUUCUGAAUCCCGAUGUAAUAAAAAAUUUCGACUUAACACAAUAUCAACAAUAUUUGAGAUAAGAUAAAUAUAAAUUUAAUUAUACUAAAUAAUAUAAAUAUAAUUUUUAUAAUUA